AUGACUAGGUACGGGGGUAUGGGGAGGACGCGCCCGAAGAAACUCACCUCCAAGGCGUCCAUCCCCAUAGUUAGGGAGGAUCAAAUAGAUGUCAUCGAUGAGGAUAUCCAGGCCGCGCUCCAACAAGUCGAGACAGGCGUUGAAAAGGCAGAAGAAUCGGAAUUCCACCUUCAAGCUGCCAUCAAUGCCGUCGCCCUCGGAAAAAUCAGCGAGGCCAAUAUCCCCACGCCCGAAACCGUCCUGAGUUCUAUCAGAUAUGAUGAGCUCUAUCCUCCCACAUUUUCACAACCUGCGACUUACAUCCGGUUUUCUUCCACUGUGGAAGACUGUUGUGGAUGUUUAUAUAACCUCGAUGAGGAAGAUGACGUAUACCUCAAGAUAAUGAACGAAAAGAGGGGCCCCUCCACCCCCGCGUGCACAGAGAACCAGUUUGAAGAAGUGAUGUAUUUCUUCGAAGAAACAGCGCAGAUGAAACAACCAUUCGCGUCCGUAGACAGUCCUCCUGUGCUUCCAUUCGCUGAGAUUGAGGAGUGCUUCGAUGCCGCCGUAGAGGAACAUAUCAAGAGGUUUGCCAAGGACAUAUACGAACACUGGCGGAAGAGGAGGAUGAGCGUCGGGAACCGUCCCUUGCAAGUAUCUCUCAAGUUCGAAACGGGCCAAGAAACCGAUGAUGGCGAUCCAUAUGUAUGUUUCCGUAGGCGUGAAGUGCGACAGAUCCGCAAAACUCGUGGUAGAGACGCGCAAAGUGCGGAGAAGCUGCGCAGGCUUCGCAAAGAAUUGGAGGAUGCGCGCCAAUUGGUCGCCUUUGUGCGACAGCGCGAACUUGCAAGAAAAGAGAUGUUCAACAUUGAGAAGCAAGUCUUCCAACAACGCGCACAAGUCAAAGAGAUGAAACGGAAACUUGGCAUCAAGGACGAUGAUGAGGAUCUCAUCAACCAAAAGGCAAGUAACCAAGCUCUCGGUCUCCCAGUAUCCAUGACUGACAUUUCAAAGCCUAAGAAGAAGCCCGAGGUACCAGCUAUCCAGCGUGCUGUUCCACCACCACAGCUUCGCAUAUCUCAACGGUCUGGUGCUCACGCUGCCGCCGAAGACUUGCAACUGUUGGAGGAGGUGCAAGCUGAGAAGGAGAACGAAAUAAUUCGCGACAUCAAACAGAAUCUGCAAAAGCAUCUGAAAUGGAACGAAGGAUUCGUUGAUCACACGACUGCUCCACUGACGCCAUCCCCUAAGAGGACGUUCGAAGCUGCCUUCCGUCCUGCAAUCACCACACAACUGCCCACUCCGCCAUCUUCAGAUGCAUCGGAUACAAACGAUGCCGUUGCGCUAGAUAAUUUGCAUCCAUACUUCCGUGAUCGUAUUGCGACUUUGGACAUGGAUGAUGAUACCACCAAAUUACCUUCUUUCAGAAGACGUGUAGGUCGAGGUGGUCGGAUGAUGAUAGAUCGCCGCAAUAUGGUUGUAAGACAUAAGGCAGACAUCGAUCCAGUGAUACUUGACCGGUUCAAGUAUGAUGAUGAUGAGGAUGAGGACGAGGAUAUAGUGUUCGAGCGAGAUAAGUAUGAUAUUCAAAUCAUGCAACAUCGUGCUGUCAUGGCCGCGAAAGCUCGAGAGGUUGCGCAAAUGCAAGCCCAAGCACAGGCCCAGGCCCAGGCUCAAGCCCAGGCUCAAGCGCAAGCUCAGGCGCAAGCACAGGCACAGGCUCAAACAGCUCGACAGAUGGCUGGAGAGCGUAAUGCACCAGCAGGCGCAACCAUGGGCUCCAAUCCUGGCAUAGGAGCAGUCACGAACGCCUCGACCUAA